CUUUCUCAAUCUCUGUGUGUCUCUCUGUUUUUCACUUUCUCCGUUUCUCUCUCCCGGUGUUUCUCCGUUUCCGUAAGGCUCGCAAUGGCUGGUCUCCACGCCUCUCUCAGAGGCUCUUCAUCCUCUUCGUCUCAGUCGUUCUCCUCCAAGCUUCUGCUUCUUCUCACUCUUCUGCCUCUGACUCUCGCCGCUUUUGCUUUCGUGCUUCAGUGGCGAGGUGGGGUCACCGAUCCGGCCACGAGAUGGUCGCCGGAGGCCCACAAGUUUCCGGGCAUGGACAGCUCGCCGCCGACCACCAUCGGCCACUCCUCGGCCUCCGAUUGCGUCCUUCUGAGCCGUGGAUCGUCUCCCUCGUUCCCAUACUACCGUGACUGGAAGUUCGAUGUCGGGUCCGAUCUGAGACCUAAGAUAUGUAUUACGACUAGUACAUCAGCUGGUUUAGAACAGAUUCUACCAUGGAUGUUUUAUCACAAGGUUAUUGGGGUUUCGACCUUUUUUCUUUUUGUGGAAGGAAAGGCUGCAUCUCCUAAUGUAUCCAAAGUCCUGGAAUCUAUUCCUGGAGUAAAAGUAAUAUUUAGAACAAAAGAGCUAGAGGAGCAACAGGCUAAAAGCCGUAUCUGGAAUGAGACAUGGUUAUCAAGUUUCUUUUACAAACCAUGCAAUUAUGAGCUAUUUGUGAAGCAGUCUCUUAAUAUGGAGAUGGCUAUUGUCAUGGCAAGGAAUGCAGGCAUGGACUGGAUUCUUCAUCUUGACACGGAUGAGUUAAUGCAUCCGGCUGGUGCUACUGAGUAUUCUUUGAGGCAGUUGCUGCAUGAUGUGCCUGGAAAUGUGGAUAUGGUUAUAUUUCCUAAUUAUGAGAGCAGUAUUGAACGGGAUGAUAUCAAAGAACCUUUCAGUGAGGUGUCAAUGUUCAAGAAGAACUAUGACCAUCUUCCAAAGGAUACAUAUUUUGGCAUGUACAAAGAAUCAACUCGCGGUAAUCCAAACUACUUUUUGACUUAUGGAAAUGGCAAAUCAGUUGCUCGGAUUCAAGAUCAUCUUCGUCCCAAUGGUGCACAUAGAUGGCACAAUUAUAUGAAAACCCCAAAUGAAAUCAAAUUGGAAGAGGCUGCUGUUCUACAUUACACAUACACUAAAUUUUCAGACUUGACUUCUAGACGUGAUCGUUGUGGCUGCAAGCCUACAAAGGAGGAUGUCAAAAGAUGCUUCAUGUUGGAGUUUGACAGAGCCGCAUUCAUAAUUGCUUCAACUGCAACUGAGGAGGAAAUGCUAAACUGGUAUCGUGAGCACAUCGUCUGGACUGACAAAGCACUAAACAUGAAACUUUUGAGGAAGGGGAUUCUAACUCGCAUAUAUGCUCCCAUGGCCAUCAUUCAAGGUUUGAGGGAGUCUGGUGUUUUCAGCUCUGUUAUUGCAUCUGCCCCAACAACUCUGUCAAAGGACAAGUUCUUAUCUACCAUUGGAAGUACCAACUCAUCUAGAGCUGUUGCCUCUGAAUCCCUCCCAUCCCGAAAGUUUGGUAGAAGCAAAGAAUCUCAGGCAACAGCCCGGAAGGCAUUGGAAAUUGCAGAUGCUGCAUCUCAUAAAGCUGCAGUUCCACCAUUGUCGCCCCCAGGCAUGGAUGAUGAGCACCUCGUGAGCGAAGCAUGAUGGAUUUCCUGGCAUGAAUGCUUCUUAUUCUUCUCCUUUCUGCUUGGAUGUUGAUUCCAAGAGAUUUUGGAUUUUCUUAUUUACUAUUGAGGCUAAGAAUCAGGAGAGAAGCAAGAGGUCGUUGGGAUUCAUUCAUGUUUGGUUUCAUGGGGUUUCAAGGUUUCCCGAUCACUACCCAAGCGCUGGUGUAAAUUUUUUUAGAGAGAGAAAGAGAGAGAGUUUUGGUACACAGACCCUUUCUAGGCUGGUAACUGAAAAUCUUGGUCUCUGAUUGUUGUGUAUAGAAAUCAAGGAGGUAUCGAGUCUGUUGACAGUGACAGAGGAUCAUCUUUAUUUCUUAAUUCAAUACAACUUCUAUUGACAUUCUGGAAAA